AUGGGUCUACUCGAUAGGGUUAAUAGAGCUAUUAGUAAAAAGAAGAAACGAGGUGAACUUCCCACCACCAAUAAUGAGUAUACUAAUGGUAAGAUAAAGGAUAAGAGAUAUAAUCCAAAGAAGAAAGCUAAAGGUACAAAAAGAUUAUUGGCGGCAGUGGUAGGCAUAAUAGUUGUUUGUUACGUGUGCAUGAAGAUAAUAUCAAACUUACUCCAAAGCAAUAAUACCGGUGAUGUUUUUGAUAUCAAUAAGAUUAAUAUCAAGGUGCCAUCCUACGUAACAAAAUCACUAGAAGAAAAAGAGUAUUAUGAUUUCGAUUUUGAAGACAUAGAACCUCAAACAAUCCAAAAAUUUGACCAAGGUGUGGAACAUUAUUUAAUCACACAAUAUGGUAGUGAUGUAUUGACACCAAAGGAUAACGAACGUUAUCAAAGAGAAUUGGCAAUGCUUUUAGAUUCAACUGUUGAACAAUAUGAUUUGGCCGAUUUUAGAGGUUCUCCUAAAGGUACUGAGCACAGGGAUCAUAUUUUGGUGUGUGUCCCAUUAAGAGAUGCUGAACAGGUUAUGCCAUUGAUGUUCAAACAUUUAAUGAAUUUAACUUAUCCACACGAACUGAUUGAUUUGGCCUUCCUUGUCAGUGAUUGUUCGGAGGGAGACCAUACAUUGGAAGCGUUGUUAGAAUAUUCUAAGCAAUUACAAAACGGAACACUUUCUCAGGUAUUCGCUGAAAUGGAUUACGUCAAAGAACAUACUAAAGGUAAUGGUGUAUCAGCUGAUGACAUGCACAUUAAAUAUAUGAGCCCACAAUAUAUUGCUCAGAUUGAACGUGCCUUCAAACCUCCGUUCCAUUCAGAUUAUGAUAAACCAUUCCGUUCAGUUCAAAUCUUCCAAAAGGAUUUUGGACAAGUUAUCGGUCAAGGUUUCAGUGAUAGACAUGCUGUUAAGGUUCAAGGUAUCAGACGUAAAUUGAUGGGUAGAGCAAGGAAUUGGUUGACUGCAAAUGCAUUGAAACCUUAUCAUUCUUGGGUUUAUUGGAGAGAUGCUGACGUCGAACUAUGCCCUGGUUCUGUAAUUGAAGAUCUUAUGGCCAGCGAUUAUGAUAUUAUGGUUCCAAAUGUUUGGAGACCCCUACCUGAAUUUUUAAAUAGCGCUCAACCAUAUGAUUUGAAUUCUUGGGUCGAAUCCGGUCCAGCUUUAGAAUUGGCUGCCACCUUAGAUGAAGAUGAUGUCAUUGUAGAAGGUUACGCGGAAUAUCCAACUUGGAGGGUCCAUUUAGCGUAUCAGAGAAAUGAAGAAGGUGAUCCUAAGGAAGUCAUGGAUCUAGAUGGUGUUGGUGGUGUCUCUAUUUUGGCAAAAGCCAAAUUAUUUAGAAGUGGUGUUCAAUUCCCAGCUUUCACUUUUGAAAAUCAUGCAGAGACUGAAGCAUUUGGGAAAAUGGCGAAGAAAAUGGGAUAUAGAGUAGGUGGGUUACCUCAUUAUACUGUAUGGCAUAUUUAUGAGCCUAGUGAUGAUGAUCUUAAAGAAAUCGCAAAUAAAGAAAGAGAGGCCAGAAGGGAGUAA